AGGGCUCCGAGACGUCCUUCGACUGCAGCCACUGCGGAAAGUCACUGCGCUCCCGCAAGAACUACAGCAAGCACAUGUUCAUCCACUCCGGUCAGAAGCCGCAUCAGUGCAGCAUCUGCUGGCGCUCCUUCUCUCUGCGUGACUAUCUGCUGAAGCACAUGGUGGUGCACACAGGUGUGCGUGCGUUCCAGUGCUCCGUCUGCAGCAAGCGCUUCACGCAGAAGAGCUCUCUGAACGUUCACAUGCGCACACACCGUGUGGAGCGCACCUUCACCUGCGGCGUCUGCCACCGCGCCUUCACCCACCGCACGCUGCUCGAGAGACACGCCCUGCAGCACCACACGCCCGCCAAACCACCCACCAAUCACCUGCAGCAGGGCGGGGCCAGCGGACCCGGCUCCGCCUCCUAGAGACAGGGACGACUGAAGAGAGGAGAAACAAUCAGAUUGAAUCCCAGGAGCUUUAACACACACACACUCUCUCUCUCACACACACACUCUCUCACUCACACUCACACACACACACUCUCUCACACACACACACCACACACACACACACACACACUCUCGCUCUUGCGAGCGGUGUGUGGCGUGUCGCGACGCCUCUUCAACUCAGAAAACCUCAUAAACACACAAACCUCAUCGAGCGACUCACACUAAAGGCAAACACAGUCCUGCGUGUGACGCCGGGGACUUUAACGUCUUCUUCAGUGUUUUACGUGUUUGAUCUCUUUUGUACAUGUUUUCAUGGACUCAUCAGAAACCACAGUGACCUCAGGACCAGAAGAGACUUCAGAGCGCAUUUAUUACCUCCAUUUUUAUUUCAACGUCAGCCUCCAUUUUUUUAAUCAAUAUAUGCAUAAAUCUUAAUGAUAUUUUUAUGGUGAACCGAUGUGUAAGAGUUUUAUGUCUGGCUUAAAUGCUGUGCGUGUGCGGGAGGAUCUAUAUUCUGCUCUGCUUCAGUUUUCGUAUCUAGCAUGUGAUCACUUUACGCUGCAUGAAAGCUGCAUUAAAUGCAUUGUGACGUUU